GCUUACUCAAUAGUAGCCACUACUUAGUAGCCCACUAUUUGGCAGAAACAUUUAGUUUUCCCAUGGAAGUAGGUAUUAUUAUCCUCCCCCCCACCCCCAUGAUGAAGAAGUGGAAGCUCAGAGAAAUAACUACCAGGGUCGUGCGGCCAUGAAUGUUCACAAGGAUUGUCUUCAGUCAUGGCCUCAGGUUUAAGGUGCUUCCGCUUGGUCCACCCUGUCUUUUGUAACUCCCUUGCAGCCUGGACCAGACCUGUUUCGGAAGGGAUGCUGAAGACAGUGAGUGGAAGACAAAAUGACCGUGGGCAAUCCAUGGCCUCUCCAGCUGUACCAGUCCGUCAUUUUGCUACCAAGAAAGCCAAAGCCAAAGGGAAAGGACAACUCCAAACCAGAGUGAAUCUUAAUGCUGCCUUGGUUGAGGAUAUAAUCAGCUUGGAAGAGGUGGAUGAAGAAAUGAAGUCUGUGAUGGAAGUACUCAAAGAUAAUUUCAAUAAGACUGUCAAUAUAAGGACCUCACCAGGAUCCCUUGAUCAUAUCACUGUGGUAACUGCUGAUGGGAAGCUUGCUUUAAACCAGAUUGGCCAGAUCUCUAUGAAGUCGCCACAGCUGAUUUUGGUGAAUAUGGCCAGCUUCCCAGAGUGUACAGCUGCAGCUAUCAAGGCUAUAAGAGAAAGUGGAAUGAAUCUGAAUCCAGAAGUGGAAGGGACGCUAAUUCGGGUACCCAUUCCCAAAGUAACCAGGGAGCACAGGGAAAUGCUGGUGAAACUGGCCAAACAGAACACCAACAAGGCCAAGGAUUCCUUACGGAAAGUUCGUACCAAUGCAAUGAAUAAGCUGAAGAAAUCAAAGGACAAAGUCUCGGAGGACACCAUUAGGCUCAUAGAGAAACAGAUCAGCCAAAUGGCCGACGACACCGUUGCAGAGCUGGACAGGCAUCUAGCAGUGAAGACCAAAGAACUCCUUGGAUGAGAGUCCACCCGGGGCAGCAGUACUCCAGAGCCCAGUUUCUGGUGGAUCCCAUGGGUGGCAAAUUGCCCCGUCUCUUCUCUGUCCACACAGAAGGCUGUCACCAUGCAGCUGUCAGUCUUUAUGAGGCUCAGCCUCCUAGUGGGACACCCAGACUUGUGCAUUCUCUUCCUCCUUUACCCUGUCCACCCCAUUCUCCUCUGGCCCUCUGCCUUGGCUGGCCCUCAGAGAGUAUCCGCUGUGACGGAUGGCCUCUACUUAGGGCGUUUGCCCUGAUCGUGACAUUGCCAAGCAACUAGGACUAUUGGCAGGCUCAGCACCGCCUGCUUCUCAUCUCGAGAGCCUCCUUUUCAAUUAGUUGGGCCCCAUCCCCAACUUUGAACUCUGGGUUGAUGUGGGCCUUCAUCUGUGACUGGAUCUCUUUGCUAGAGGCCCAUUUUUACCUAACAAUAAAAUCAAAAUAAAUUGGAAAGAAUAACCACCACAAAGGAAUGGAUAGAGUCAGUCUGGAUUCAUGUUCUCUAAGGACCUGUAUGUAAAGCCACCAGAACAACACUU